UGCCAAGAGUCCCUAGCAACAUCUUACAGCUUUGAAAUCCGAGAGAGAAAGAGGGAGAGGGAGAGAGACUGGGGAGGCAGCUGUUUGUAGGCAGGCAAGUCUAAGCCUGAGGAAGGGCAGGCUCUCAGGAUGGACACCCCAACCCCUGAGGGGUCCUUAAAUAAGCAAAAUGAAAAACUGCAAUGCGAGGAAGAGGAGAUGGGGUUUAAGGAGCUGGAUGGGCUGAGGGAAGCUUUGGCCAACCUCCGGGGCCUGUCUGAGGAAGAAAGGAGUGAAAAGGCAAUGCUCCGCUCCCGUAUCCUAGAGCAGUCCCAGCUCAUCUGCAUCUUGAAGCGAAGGUCAGAUGAGGCCCUGGAGCGCUGCCAGGUCCUGGAGCUAGUCAACACAGAGCUGGAGGAGAAGAGGAUGCAGGAGGUGGAGAAGCUGAAGGCUCAGAGAAAACAUGCCCAGCAGCUAGAGGAACGCUUUAAAACCCUGGCAGCCAACCAUGAACUGAUGAUUCGCUUCAAGGAUGAACACAAGAGUGAGAACAUCAAGCUGAGGGAGGAGAAUGAGAAGCUAAGGCUGGAAAACACCAACCUCUUCAGCCAGGCUCUGCAAGACAAGGAAGCCAGAGUACUGCAGCUCACCAUCCAGAGUGAGGCUCUUACCAAGGAGCUGGAGGCUCUGAAACAGAGAUGCACUCAGGAUGCCAGCCAGGCACAGGCCCGAGAGAAAGAGCUACUAGAGCAUCAGAGCCAGCAGGCCUGUGCCCAUGCCAAGGAGAUGGAGCAGCUGCACAGCCAGCUACAGAGCCUUAAACAACAGCACCAGGAAGCUGUGGAGCAGAUGGUGAAUGCCAGGGAGACACACAAUAGGCUGAGCCAGGAGCUGCAGGCCAGCCUGCAGACAGUUACACAGGAGAAAGAGGAGCUGCUGCAGCUGUCCAUGGAGAGGGGCAAGGUGCUUCAGAACAAGCAGGCAGAGAUCCGCCAGCUCGAGGAGAAGCUGGAGACAGCAGAUCUGGCCAGGAAGCAUGCACUAGAGCGGUUUGAGCGAGAGGCAGCUGCUGUGGACAGCAACCUGAGAGUCCAAGAGCUGCAGCGCAAGGUGGAUGGGAUCCAAAAUGCCUAUGAUGAACUCAGGCUGCAGUCAGAAGCCUUCAAAAAGCACACUCUGGAUCUUUUAAACAAGGAGAGAGAGCUCAAUGCCAAGCUACGCCAUUUCCAACCAUAAGGAAGCCUCUGCUUGUCCAUCCCUUAUUAAUCGCAGGAUUUGUGCCCUUCGCAUUUUGGCAAGAGCUAAGAUGAUAUUCCAUUAUUAUACCUGUAAGCAUAAAGGCAACUUAAAGAAAAGCUACUUUACUAUGAAACUCUUUUCUUACUAUUGUAAAGCUAAUGCCAAUGUUCAGUUCUACCAUUGCAAAUAUACAAUAUUUACCAGCGUUCUUUCUGUACCUUUGAAGUCUUCUAAAUUUGCUAUCUGUCUUUCCUACCCUGUAACUUAUUCACUCUCAGCAUCAGGUGUCUUAAUGUAUCUUAGGAUUUAAAAUUAGCAGCUUCCAUGUUUCAAAUGAAUCUAAAGUAUACAAUAAGAUGUGCCAUUAUGAAAAAAAUAUAACACAAUUAACUACUGCAGAUAGGUAGGUUUAUGGUCCCCCAUAGUUGAGAUAGGAAAUAAAUAGUUGAUAACAUAAUUAAUAUUAUGAGUACUUGGCAGAAAAGUGUCUGACUUUAUUUUUCAUGAGCUUGGGGAACAAAGAUUUAGAUUAGAUUUAUUCACCAAAAUACUCCAUAUGAGCAAUAAGAUUAAAAUAAAUCAACCAAUUUUUGUUUUUCCUGACAGCUCAGAUUAUAUUCCAUUUUCUAUGUUUUCUCCAUAUAAAGGUAGGAUUUACAUAGGCAAUAAUGCAAAUUCAUGUAAUCCACAAUAUGCUAACAGAAAAAAAGUCUUGGUUUGGGGUAACAAGUAUUAUCAAACUUGUUAUAAUUUACAUAAUAAUUCAUAGCAAUUGUUUUCUGCUUCCAUUGGUGUUUCUUGGAAUUAACUUUUUCAUUUUUAAAAAUUAAGUUAAAUGUGUGUAUGCUUACUUAUGACAUUUUCAUAGAAAUCAUUAUAAAAUAUUAUAGUUAUACAUAUUUAUGCAAAGUUCUUAAAGUUAAUUGUUAAAAAUACUGUAUAUUUCAUUAUUUUCCUGUUGUUAUGGAUAUAUAAACUUUCUUAGGAAGGUGACACUACAAAGAAAUUUGUAGUGUAGAGUUUUUUUUCAUCUGGUGCCAAGUAUAUCAAGAUUUAUACAAAUUGGAUUUACUAAAAAAAAAAAAAAAAAACUUGAGGCCUUUGUUAAAUAAACCACUUCCAAGCAAGUGUUACCUCAGGGAAUUUGUUAAACUUAUUUUAAAAAUAAUUCUAUUAAGAUUCUGUUAUUAUGUACAAUUUUUUCUUAUCAAAAUACAAACUACUGGGCUGGGGAUUUAGCUCAGCGGCAUAAGCACCUGCCUUGCAAGCGUGUGGUCAUGAGUUCGAUUCCUGGUAUCUAUAAAAAAAAUUUUAAAAAAUAGAAAGUACUUUGUUGGCUUGCAAGGACUGUUUGCUUCCUCUCCACAGCUUACAAAGAAUCAGAGUAUAAGAACUAAUUUAGCCUAGUAUCCUUUAUUGAACCCAUACUAUUUAUCAUUGUGUUGAAGCAAUUUGGAGAUACUGUUUUGUUUAUCACUUAGGGUUAUUUAAGAAGGUAAUUGUGUUCCUUCCUACUUCAAAGAAGAGGAAACUGGAUUUCAGCAGUUUGUUUAAGACUACUUGGUCACUAGGGAGCUGAGAUUUCCUGCUGAAAUUGUUUUUCACAGAAAAGUAAUUGUUAACUACUGAGUACCAUGUACUGGCAUAAGAACUGAGAAUAAGCAUAGUGAUGCAUUUUCUACCUUGGAAGGGCCCUGCCCGGUGUGCCACAGGGCAGGCUGUUUGUUAUCACCCAAAACUCUAAAAGAUUCGCCAUCACUGGUCUAGUCUGGGAGGGUGGUGGAGGCACAACCAAAACCACUGCACACAGUGUGCUGUGUUUUCACACGAGGUGUUAUGUGUUUUUAGCGGGGUCUGAACAGGAUAACUCUGCCUGGAGACAAGGGUUGUGGUGGUGGAGAGGGCUCCCAAGGAAAACUAACAUGUAAGCUGGUUCUUGAAAUAGAAUGUCAUCAUGUAGAAAUAAGAAAGGAUAUGCAGAAGGAAUAGAAGUUUUGAAAAUGCCUACAAUACUUAAGAAAUUGUAUAAGUACUUGGUACAGAGAAAGGUGACUACAAAUUAAACCUGAAGAGUAGGUUGAAGCAAGAAUAUAGAGAAUCUUAGCCAGGCUGACCUCUUCUAUUGGAAGGAGGAUGAUGGAGGACAGAGGAGAGAAACACAAGCCUACAAAUGGAAACUGUGGUCCCACUCCUCUUCCCAUCCAGGUUCAGGCUGUGAGGGGCCUGGUUCACCUGUGUGUCAACAGUCUCUCCUUCCUCCUGCCUUUGCUGCCACCUUAGGUGGAGGAGGGUGCCCGUGAGGAGCAUAGGGAGGGGCUAGACAGAGAGCAGUGCACGUGCCUAGAACAUGGGUGAAAGGGAGAUGGCCCACUUGCCUCAGCCAUGCAGUAUUACUCAAAGCCAUGAUCAAGAGUAUAUAUUAGGCUGAACCAUGUAAAGUUGAUCCUAAGUGGUCAGAUAUGGGCCAUUUUAUCAAGUUCAUUUGAAUAUCAUUUUAAAAGAUUUUAAAAGGAAAAUGAGAAAUGAGAAAAGUUAAUGGCCAAUGCCUAGAGAUAAUUGAGGAAAAGAACCCGCAACACAGACUAACAAAGUAAGGGGAAUGUGUACCUAUUGUGCACCAAGUGCUUUUCAGUUUACCCUCACACAGCUCUUCAGGGGAGUUUUCAUCAUCACUCUGUUACAGAUGCAACAAGACAGACUCAGAGGUGGUGACUUGUGCAAUGUGAAAUUUGAACUGAAAGCUCUCGAUCAAGACUUUAUAAGUGUGUCACCUACACAGGACCCUAUACUUGGCUUAAUGCUCCAUUUACACUGCAAAGAAAUUCUCAAUGUUUUAAAUAAGGGACCUCACAUUCCUUUUGUACAGGACAUUACCAAUAAGUAUCUGGGAAAAAAUUUACAUGCACACACACCCCAGUAAAAUCCAUGUCCCCUUUCACCAAACUACCUCUGAAACAGUCUUAAAAUUUCUUUCCUCCAUGCUUGAUGUCACCUUGCAUUUCACUAUCUCACUGGUCAGCGUAUAUUUGAUCUGUGACCCAGAAUUACAUUCCGGGAUGAGCAGUAAGUUUAACUGCUGUGGUCUGCUACUCUAUACAGUGAUGAUUAUCACUGGAACAAAUCAGUAAGAUAUAAAUUUUCCCCUUCCAACCCAAUGCCUUUGAUAAGAAAAAAAAACUACUUUCCAAAGAAAAUCUGUAUCAUCAUUGGGUUUGUCUUGAAAAUCCACAAACAGAUUCCCUAAAAUGAAAGCAGAACAGAAAUUGUAAAACUAAAUACUGGUAAUGUGUACAUAGCCUUGUGUAGCUUAGUGAGAUCUGUCCUAAGAUUACUAAAUGAGAAGGCUUUUGGUGCACCUCUGAGGAAGUCCUCUGGUUCUAAAAAUUAUAAGCUCUUGAGAGCUAUUGGAAAAGUAAACUUAAUAUUUUCAGAGUACUCACUGUGUUAGUGGAAAUGAAUUUAAGUUAAUUUGUUUUUAGUACAGAUAGUUUUAAUAGAAAAUGUCGAGCAAUUCCAUUGUACUGCAGUCAAACUUCAAUUACUAUUUAAAGAGCAUUUUUGAAAGAGUACUUGGCUUUCAUUGGCCCAUAGGCUCAGUGGGUGGCUCAGGACUGGAAUUAUUCUUUCCUCCUUAGUAUGACUAGAUGGAGAAAACUGAGCAGACACUUGAGAUCCCACCUGUUGUUCCACAAAAGAAAGAGGACCACAGUUAUGACUGUGCUCUUAUAAGCCUACCCUGUCAAAUCAGGAGGCUUGUCUUCCAGCAUCAAUUGGUCACAAUUGAAUUAUCUUGAAAUACCUCAGCCAAGCAUCUUCUUUAGAGCAUGUUUCUAUUAUUAAUUUAGAGCAAUUAGGAUCCAGGUCUUGGACAGGAGUGAGGGCAGUCUCUGCUGCAUAACAGAAGGGGCUGCCUGAGAUAAGUAGAUCACCGCCAGGAGGGAUGAAGGGGGAUGAAUGUUCAGUGAGCCUCCAACAAUGCAUACUGUACUACAUUUGCUGAGAUUGCCAGAUGCUUAGAUCAGGUAGGGGGCAUCUUUGUUUCUUUAAUCACAAGUCUUAAAGAAUCAUCAGACACUGAUUAAUAUGCUUUCUAAUUGUGCUGUACCUAUGGACAAAUGACGCUAUUUUCCAAAGAUUAAAAGCAUUAAACUUA